AUGGAUCCUAAUGAGAAAGAAAUACUCGAAGAGUUAUUAAAUAUUUACUAUUCAAAAACACGGAUUUUCCAAGGAGACGUAACGCUUGUUCCAUAUAUUAAAAAUUGGCUAUGGAGGAGAAAUCUUGAACCAAAUUAUAUUUUGGAAUUGAUGUUAAGAGAUGAAAAUCGCUCCGCUUAUGCAAGUCUUCUCGGCUUUUUCUAUCUUUAUGGAAUCGGAGUGUCAGCCAAUGAACAUUUAGCUCUUGAAUGGUACCAAAUUGGUGCUGAUCAAGGCAUUUUUAUUUCUGAAUAUCAAACAGCAUUUUUACUUCAUAGCGAAAACAACGGACUGGAAAGGGCAUUUGGCCUAUUUCAAGAAUCCGCAAAUAAUGGUUCAGACAUCGCUCAAAUAGCAUUAGGCUGGUGUUAUCAAUAUGGCAACGGUUGUCCUCGAGAUACGACCAGAGCAUUAGAGCAGUUCCGUGAAGUAGCUUUACGAGGUAACUGUGGAGGAAUGUAUUACUACGCAAUAGCUCUUUCAACUGGUCUUGGCGGGCAAGUUAACGAACAAACAGCAGAAUACUGGUACAAAAAAGCUGCCGACGCGGGACACUGGAAUGCGCAGCAUGCUAUUGCGAGGAUUUAUCAUAGGAGACAUGAUUUAUUUAGAUCCUAUUAUUGGUAUUUGAAGUCCGCAGAGAGCUCAUGCGUACACGUUCUAUUAGACCUCGCGAAAUUUGAAUCACAUGAGAAACGGGAUAAGCAUGCAGCAAUUAGAUGGUGUAGACGAGCUAGAAGAAACGGAUAUAUGGGAGAUUUGUCGUUUAUUUUUCAUAAUUGA